AAAGAUUGUAAAAAGAUUUGGUGUUAUGUGAUUUAUAAUUCUUUACAUCUAUCUUCCGUUUUCUCUUGGAACUGAUGCAAUGGAUUGCGAGGAAUUUUAUAACUAUACGAAAUAUUCAAAGGAACUUGGGAAUGACGUUGCAUACCUUGAAAGUAAACAGCAAAGGUUUCUUCUGGCAUUAAAAGAGAAAGAAUGCAGGUGCCGGAUGCAGUCAGAUCCUGUUACGCUGACAGGAACAUAUUGUAAUCGUACGUGGGACAAUGUUAUGUGUUGGGGAGAUACACCCGCGGGAACAACCGUCAGUCAGCCGUGUCCGGCCUACAUUAACUACUUUCAAAAAUACAACUACGCUACAAGAAUAUGUUUAGAGAACGGAACAUGGUUUUCAUUGCCACGGUCUGACGGAAGUGUUAACAAUAAAGGUUGGACUAAUUUCACGGAAUGCCCAAAUAACAUAACGGAAAGUAAAGAGGAAAUUACCAACGAUGUUCCGCAUAUUUUCUCGAAACAUGUGUCAGAUAUGAGGGUUAUGUACAAUGUAGGAUAUGCCGUGUCUCUGGUGUCACUUUUAGUAGCCUUUACCAUCAUGGUUUAUUUCAAAAAGUUGCGUUGCUCUAGAAACAGUAUACAUUUGAAUUUAUUCGCAUCAUUCAUGCUUCGUGCAUCAAUCAGUCUGAUCAGAGAAAAUUGUAUGGUGGGAGGUCUAGGCUUUCCUAAAGAUGUUACAUACAAUGAGACUGGUGGAAUAAUUGUAUUCAAAGAAGGCCCGCAUUGGGAGUGCAGAUUGUUCUUUAGCAUAUUCCAGUACGCCGUCGCAUCCAGCUAUAUUUGGAUAUUCGUCGAGGCAGUAUACUUACAUAUGUACAUCUUCAUCUCAUUGUUCAGUGAUAAAAUCAAAGCCCGAUGGUUUAUCUUGUUUGGAUGGUGUUUUCCAGGGAUUAUAAUCGUAUGUCUGUGUAUAGCAAGAUACCAUCUGGAUAACUCUUUUUGUUGGAACACUUAUAACAAAAAGGAACUGGUUUGGAUUUUCAAAGGCCCAAUAGUAGUGACAAUAUUGCUUAAUUUCAUAUUUUUCAUCAAUAUCGUGAGAGUGUUGUACACGAAACUGCAAGCGCCUCAUUGUCUUGAUUCGAAACGCACUAAAUACAGACGACUGGCCAGAAGUACAUUCUUCCUGGUUCCGACUUUUGGCGUAUAUUUCUUGAUAUUUACAAUACCACUUAAUACCCUCAACGAUACGAUGAAUUUUGUCAUGCUCUUCAUUGAAAUGUUCUUUAAUUCAUUUCAGGGUCUUUUCAUAGCCGUGGUACUCUGUUUCAUAAACUUAGAGGUUCGAGAAGAAAUAAAACGUUCUUGGCACCAAGGAACAAUAUUUCCCUGCAAUAGAUUUUUUUCGGGUCUGACUAAAACUGGUACUAAAAUUGAUAGUACAAGAAGAUAUAGAGGUGAAACUGUUGAUAGUUUUGUCGAAUUAGAAGAACUUAACAAACGGCAAGAUUUAGGACGAAACGGAGAUGCAAAUAAACUGAACACUCCAUUCUUGGAAGAUACUUGAACGAAAUUUGUAACUGUUCUAAAUAGAUAGAUAAAGUCAAAUAACAGGACAGACAGGCCAUGAAAAUUGGACAUACAUGUAUGUUAGGGUGGUUUUAAAGAAUAAGAAAAAACUCUAAAGCGGAUGUAAACACUGUCUAACUUCAAAGAUUUUUGAAAAUAAUUUUUGGAAUGAAUAUAUAUUUAUACAUUUUACGGCACGAUUGUAAUUUUUUCAAGCUCUUUUGUUUAUCUACAUUUUACCCACAAGUCAUCCAGAGCCUGUGAUGGUAUAAUGGUUACUUUCCAGCUUUAAUGUAGAGAAAGACUCGGGUGUUAUUUUUGCGUUGUUACAAACCAAAAAGUACAUGUUAAUAGAAUUGCAAGUUAGUUGGACAGCUGGGUAGCUCACUGAAAAGAAGUCCCGCAAUAGUUAGGGGAAAUGAUUCAUAAUAUUCAGCCUUUAUCACUCGGCCACGAAACGGAGACCCAAAGUUCGUGCAUUGUUUUCUUGAAAAUGAGACCGGGGAUUUAAGAUCAACCAGAGAUAGCCAUUUACUGGAGUGACAAUUGUAACUAUGAAAUUGAAAUAAAAAGUUUCCUUCUUGA